GACAUUCUCCACACCGGCGAGUCCCUUCACGGAAAUCUGCUUCUUUCUGUCGUGAUCUGACAGAGGUUUGGACAUGGUGACAGCGCGCUCGUCUACGAGGACAGUUCAGUGUUGUGAAUUUGAAAAAUGAGUCGAACCAUCUCUGUUAUGAGCAGGAAAUGCAACGGCAGUAAAUUUCUCAACUGACAGGAAACAGCCUGCUGCGCUCCGAGUGAACCCCAGCCCAGUGAGGCCCUCGGUUUCCAGUACAUUGAGUUCGUUCAUGAGUAGAGAAGCUGUGUUCAUUAAAGCCGCACUUCGCUAUUGUUUUUAAAAGAGUGUCAGUGAGCACCCUCGAUGCCAGAUUAACUGGACUGAGAAAAGAGAGGGAUCAAAGAGAGAAGUGGAAAAUUAGGCCGGGGCAAAGGAGGGGCUGUGGAGAACAGUGGAGUGGAGAAGGAUGGACGGCGUUUCAUCGGAUCAGUCAGCCAGCGUUGAUGAGCUGGUGGAAGCCUGCAUCAAAGCCUUUGACAAUGAUGGCGUUCUGAAGGAGACAUCGCUGGUACGCAUGUUUCUCACCAUGCAUCCCUGGUACCUGUCCUCCACAAAUCUGGCCAAGAAACUCUUGCACAAGUCUCAGGAAGUGGAUUGUUCUGCAAAUCGCCAGUCUCAGAUAUGUCACCUUGUCAAGUACUGGAUAUCUGAGUUCCCAGCUGAGUUUGACCUGAACCCCGAGCUGGCUGAGCAGAUCCGUGGUCUGAAGGAGCGACUGGAGCAGAAUGGAGAUGUGAGACGUAGUCUGCUCAUCGACAUAGACAGCAUCCCAUCAUACGAAUGGAGACGACAGCUGACCGAAACCGUCCAGAAGAAACGCAAGACCUCUCUUUUGUUCGAUCACCUGGAUGCUUCCACCCUGGCCGAACAUCUCACUUACAUGGAAUACAAAUCCUUCUGCAAAAUUAUUUUCCAGGACUACCACAGUUUUGUGAUGCACGGCUGCACGGUGGAUAAUCCCAUUCUGGAGCGUUUCAUUACCCUCUUUAACAGCGUUUCUCAGUGGAUCCAGAUCAUGGUUCUCAGUAAGCCUACAGCUCAGCAGAGAGCUACAGUCAUCGCUGAAUUCAUCAAAGUGGCCCAGAAGCUACUGCAGCUGCAAAACUUUAACACGCUGAUGGCAGUAGUAGGUGGACUUAGCAACAGCUCCAUCUCUAGACUCAAGGAUACACAGGCGCUCAUCUGCAGUGAGACACGGAAGGUGUUUGACGAAUUGGUGGAGCUGGUCACUUCAUCCGGAAACUACAGUCGCUACCGUCAGCGUUUUGCAGAAUGCUCCGGAUUCCGUUUUCCCAUUCUCGGGGUGCAUUUGAAGGACCUGAUUGCCGUCCACGUGGCCUUGCCUGAUUGGGUCGACCCAGAGAAAAGCAGGGUCAACCUCACCAAGACUCAUCAAUUGUACACCAUACAGGAAGAGUUGGCGCUCAUUCAGAGCACUCCGCCCAGUAUAGAAGCCAGUCCAGACCUGCUGAAUCUGCUGAUAGUGUCUUUGGACCAGUACCACUCAGAGGAUGAGAUUUAUCAGCUCUCUCUGCAAAGGGAGCCACGCAGUCCAAAACGAUCAACUUCCAGCUCAAAGUCGCAGUCUCCACUUAUAGAACAGUGGGCCUCUUCCGUCAAACCCAAAGCGGAUCCGGUCAUUAUCAGCAAACACAUUGAAAAAAUGGUGGAGUCGGUGUUCCAAAAUUUUGACACUGAUGCCGAUGGCUACAUUUCCCAAGAAGAGUUUGAGAUCAUCAGAAGCAAUUUUCCAUACCUCGGCAAGUUCGAUGAACUGGACCAAAACCAGGAUUGCAAAAUUAGUCGAGAGGAGAUGAUUGAGUACUUCACCAAAGCAACCUCCUUACAGAACUACAAGAUGGGCUUUGUUCACACAUUUACGCAGGCAAGCAGCAUCAAGCCGUCAUUUUGUCGGCACUGCUCUCGCUUGAUAUGGGGAUUUUACAAACAGCGAUACAAAUGCAAAGUGUGCGGGGUGAGCUGUCAUAAAGACUGUCAGAGUCGUUUGGCCAUUGAGUGCCGCAAGCGGACACAGAGCGUCAGCUGUGACAAUGGCGCUUCAUUUAAAGCCACACGCUCCCUCAGUUUUCCGCCUCCAACCAGCACCCAGACAAUUGAAGAGUGUCCUGUCAUCACGGAUGGCUCUCAGGAGAAAGAGGAUGAGGUUUUUGAUGUCCACCUUUGAUGAGGCAAGAAAGAAAAGAACAACACACACACAUCUUGGGCUUUUAUCAUUAAGGGUUUUUUUCCCCGUGAGGAGAAAUCAAUCACCUGGCAUUGGUUAUGUUCUUUUUCUUUUGAUUUCAAUAGGAGCAACCUGGAGCAAAUCCAUAAGCAACAGCAGCCUAGUGAGAAAAAUAUCAUUAUCCUCCACAGCCUGUGUGUUUGUGAUCAUUUGUUUGUCGUCCGAUGUGAUCUUUGCUUAAUCCAUACCUUACAUGUGGUAAAAACGUAAAUGUGUCGAUUAUACUUCUUUAACAAAUACUUCUCAUCUAAAUCAAAAUGACUGCAAUGCAAUAACGAUGCACAUAUUUUUCAACGUUUGCACAUGGGCUCUUCGUCUUAUUACAGAUUUAAAGUCAACACAAGUACAAUAAGUAUAUAUUGUAUUUAAAUAUACUGCGUAACAAAUAUGUCACACAAUCGUAAUAAUAUUUAACAGUUCAAGCUAUUUAUUCAGCAUCCAAAAUGUACAGAAUCUCUGCAAUAGCAUGAUUUCGUUGAUCUAGUGAAUUUUUGAUAUGUUGAUGAUAAGAAGUCAAGGUGAAAUGAAUGGCAUGUUGCAGACAGCAUUGUGCCUCGGUCAUCUUUUAUCACGAAGUUCAACUUCCCACCAACAGAAGGCGCUGUUGUACUAAAUUGAAAAAAUCAUUCAAGCUCUAUUGCCGCCUCAAUUUCUUUGUCUCUUUAUUUAUAUGGUUAUUCUGCGUAUAAAUCGUAUUCUCAUUGAAAUAUAUUAACUAUCGCCAUGCUUGUUUGUAUUUUUGGCAGAAAAAUUUGUAACCUACAUAUAUGAUAAUAAAUACAACCUUUC